CCUACAGAGAGGAGCUCUACCAUGUCCUGCACCUAACUGGGCCUCUGCUCGUCUCCAGGAUCCUAAAUUUCCUUCUUCCAUUUGUCAUCACAAUAUACUGCGGUCAUCUUGGAAAUGCUGAACUUGCUGGAUAUGCCUUGGCCUCUGCGGUAAAACCUUCAUCAGAUCAAAGUGCUCCCUGUGUUCUCUUUAUAUAGCGUUAUAGUUCAUAUAUACAGGGAUAGUUCAGGUGAUACAUUUCUGUCAUCAUUUAUUCACCUUUAUGGCAUUCGAAAUGAAUAUGAAUCUUUAUUCUGUGGUACACAAAAGAGGAUAUUUUGAGAAAUGUUUCAGGGGUUUUGUAUCCAUACAAUGGAAGUCAAUGUCGACCAAUGUUGCUUGGUCACCAACAUUCUUCAAAAUAUCUUGUAUUGUGUUCUGGAGAAGAAAGAAAUGAUGUUUUAUUAACAAGGUUCGGGAGGAGCUGCGCAGAUAAUUAACUCGGAUUGCUUUCAAUAAACAAUCACAGCAAUCAUCCUACCAGCCUAUAAGUAGUCAAGCCUACUCACCUCCAUUCCCUCGGACGUUUCGCAACAUCCCUCCUCCACCCCUACUCUACACCACUAGUCCGUUUCUUACCUCAGAACCGGGGGGUAGGAUCCGGGUCCUGGCACACACAUCUUAUUUUGAGGAGGAUUACCGAGCUCGGAGCCCUUAGCCCCGGGACAACACGCCAAACACGCAUACUAUCCGGCCCAGUUCAUUAGCUGCAAAGCGAACUCGUGAAAGUCAUACAGUUUUGGAAUGAUAUGUUGACUAUUAAUGUGACCACAACAGCCACAGGAUGUGGACUUGCUCUCGCCUGUGACACGCUUGUCUCUCAGACAUUUGGCAGUAAGAAUCUAAAGCGAGUGGGGGAAAUUCUUCAGAGGAGUAUACUCAUCUUAUUGCUCUUCUGUCUGCCAUGCUGGGCUAUGCUCAUCAAUGCUGAGUCAAUACUUCUCGCUCUGAAGCAGGAAAGAGAGGUGGCAAGGAUUGCACAUCUGUAUGUUAUGGCUUACCUCCCUGCUGUUCCUGCCAUGUUUCUGCACCAUUUGCAGGUGUCUUAUCUGCAGAACCAGGGCAUCAUCCUGCCCCAGAUGUACACAGCAGUUGUUGCCAAUAUUUUAAAUGUAGCGACAAACUACGUCCUUCUUCAUGUACUAAACCUGGGAGUGAUGGGCUCUGCUGCAGCCAACAGUAUCUCACAGAUUUCCAUCUGCCUCCUGCUGUUUGCCUACAUACGCUGGAAAAAGCUGCAUGUCAAGACAUGGGAUGGCUGGUCUACUGUAUCACUGCAGGAGUGGGGCUCUUACAUGAAGUUGGCUAUACCCAGCACCCUCAUGCUGUGCUUUGAAUGGUGGGUUUAUGAGAUUGGAGGCUUCCUUGCAGGAAUGCUGGGAGAGGUGGACCUUGCUGCUCAACAUGUGCUGCUGGAGUUAGGGGCCAUUACUUACAUGUUUCCGUUAGGUGUGCACGCAGCUGCCUGUGUUCGUGUGGGAAAUGCACUGGGGGCGGGAGACACUAACAGGGCCCUGCUCACCAGUAAAAUGACUCUUGUGAUCUCAGGAAUUUUGGCUGUUUUUCAGGGAAUCAUUCUGGGUUCAGCAAAGUCUGUGGUGGGCUACAUUUUCACCUCUGAUGAGAGCAUUGUAAAGAUUGUCUCAGACAAUCUCACUCUCUAUGUUUUUCUGCAGUUUUUUGAUGCUCUUGUGUGUGUGUCUUCAGGCAUUCUUCUGGGUGCAGGGAAGCAGAAAAUAGCUGCAGUGUCCAACUUGAUCUGUUACUACUGCAUUGGGUUACCAGUGGGAAUAGCGCUGAUGUUUCUUGCUGAGCUCAGGAUACUUGGACUGUGGCUUGGCCUGUUGAUUUGUGUCAUUAUUCAGACAUGUUUCUUCACUACUCUUAUCUUCAAGCUCGAUUGGAAGAAAGUGACAGAGCAGGCGCAGAAACGUGCAGGCAAAAAUGCAAAGGUGAUGUGUGUGCGGCAGAAGCCGUCAAUCGGGCAAGUUGUGGUUGAUACGCUGGUCUCUGAAGGGCAGAAUGAUGAACAAGCACCUGACGCUGGAGCUUCUGCAUGUAUACCAGAACCCUGGGAUGACAUCACUGGGAACAAAGCACAGCUAUCAAGUAACAGCACUGAAGCAGUGGGCUAUUUGAAAGUGAGCACUCAAGAUCAGGAUAAAGCUGAAAGUGGACUAACGCUGGCGACUGAAACUGGAGAAGCUAAACAAAAAUUUCUGCUCUCUAUGAACCAGCUUGUGUUGAGAAGAGGACUGACUUUGUUGACUGCUGUCUUGAUUCUGAUAGCUGGAAUAGUUAUCCAUAUAACCUGUCCUCUUCCAGAGCCUGUCAGUCCACCUCACAGCAACCUUACAAUCAACUGGAGCAACUUCUCCACCCCAGACACCUUUAUCAACACUACAGCGAGUUCAAUCUACAUGUAACUCUGCUCAUUUUGCAAAGACACAUUUCCCACAUCAACACACUUCCCUCAUCAACAUCUUAAGGAACCAGAACGGUUCUUAUCCAUUCAAUGCAAAAAUCAUGUGAAUGCUUAUGAGCCUUUACUGAAGUUCUACAAGGAUUUUCAUCAGUGUUAUUGAAGAGAAAAUCUCCCCAUCAUUAGUCACGGAUAUAACUCGGGUUUACAGACUAUAGCAGUACUUUAUGUAGAGCAUUACUCUGAAUGUAGAUUCACUGACACACUCCAAACCAUCUUAAUAGGCCAAAUAUUGAAAUAUAUUAUCCAUUGUUCAUGUUUUUUUAUUUCCUAGUCAGGUUAAACAUUUUAAGUAUUUCUUAUA